UCAGGGACCAAACCGGCUUCCGUACGAUGUCGUGGCGUGACAACGUAGGCUAACAGCUGGGAGCGAAAAUAUCAGAACUCUAACAGGGUUUAGCUUCUGUUCAUAAUAGACCUCUGUUUUUAAAAGCUAACACUCUUUUUACUCAUCUGGUGAGGUCAUUGUAGGACAAACGCAGUUGAAGAUUUGACGGUAAAAUGAGGCGCACAGGUUUGGGUGAAGGCACUCCACAGGGGAAUUAUGUGGCCAGCGGUUACAGCGUUUACGAGGAGGAGAACGAACACUUACAAGAAGGUCUUAGAGCCAAAGUAAACGCACUGAAACAUCUCUCAAUUGACAUCGGAACUGAAGUGAAACACCAAAAUAAAAUAAUAUCAGACAUGGACUCGGACUUUGACUCAACAGGUGGUUUGCUGGGAGCCACUAUAGGCAGACUGAAGCUGUUGUCCAGAGGAAGCCAGACCAAAAUCUACUGCUACAUGCUGCUUUUUGCUCUCUUUGUAUUUACUGUUCUUUACUGGGUGAUCAAACUGAGGUGAUGGAAGGACUAAUGAGUGCUGACUGCUUUUUUGACGUCCUCUACCCUGUGUCCCAUACACCACUGCAUCACACAAAUCGACCAAAGGCCAUUGAUCCCUUUGAGAUUUAUAACACAAUGAUUUUCUGAUGUGUUCAGUAUUUAUCACUCAACAGUUGCACAAAGUCAGGGACAGAGGUUACCAGAAUUCCUCCCUGUUGCAGGUUAGUGAUAUUAGGAUGUAAUGUUUGUAUUAUCAGUAUUCCUAGUGAGAUCCGAAGUCUUUAAUGUAAACUCAGUGUCGUUCUAUAUAUAUAUAGCUGUUUUCUAGAAUGAACCUAACGUCUAAUUUUUUUUUUCCACAAUUCAAUGCAUGCAUCAUCUGAGAUUCUAAUCAACUGUUUUAUAUAUAAACUGACCAACAAAAAGAUGUUAGUUUUAUAUGAAUGCACACAUCCUGGCUGUGCUGCAGGUCAGGGAACAGAAAAACAGUCUAUUUUGUCAAACUAAUUAUUCAUCAAGAUUGGUGAUUGCGCUUGGCAUAAACAACUUAUUGAGCUGGCCUCCUGGUCAGCAUGUUCUCAGAAUAAUUGAGACAAGACUGUACUGACUGCAAAAAGCUCUUAAUUAUAGACGGAGCAUUUCACUGUUCAAGGAAAUGUGUAAACAAUUAUGUUUUCUGAAAGAGGAAAACAAUAGUGAUGUAAAUGAUAAGGAGAAAAUCAAAAUCUUUCACUGUUGAUUACUAAGGCAAGGUUUAAUUUUAUGAAUUUAUGAGUUCUGAAUCUACAGAAUGCAUCUUAAGCUUAACAGAAUUUAACAGCUCAAAACUGAGAUUUGUUGGUAAGAAAAUAUUAGGUAAUAAAUGUUGCAGAAAGUAAUUUAAUGUCUUGUAUACAUUUUAUUGUUAGAUCGAUCAGUGCAUGAUAUUUAUUCAGCAAUAACAAUGCGCCAAUUCUUCACAAACCUCUGGUUAAAACAAACAAACCAAAAAAAGGGAUUCAUGAUGAAUAUGCCCUGUACCAAAUUGGUUUUCCACAUUAAAGAAAAGAAAAAAUAAUUCUGAUGAUAAUUAAUGCACUUUAUAGUUAAAAAACUGAUGUCUAUUCCUCUAAAUGUUUUUCAUAACAUUUACUACUUAACAUUUUUAUAGAACCCUAAUACCAGAGGAUUUUAAACUCAGAGUAGGUUCCAAGUAGACCAUCUUUAGAAACCAGUUGUUAUUCAAAUAAAGCUUUUUCCUAAAAAUGUGACUUUUUCCUAAAAAACAGUACAUUAGAUUGUACAUACAACAGAUUACUAUAUAACAUUCUUACAAUGACCAGCUUUCUAUUAACAUUUAAGGCAGGAGGUGAUUAAUAAUCUUGUAUUAAAAUAAUAAUAAUCAAUAA